AUGGCCAAAGAAAAGACUACUAAAAUAUCGACAAAAUCUGGUGCUGCCAGAAAACCAAGUCCUUAUAAUAUGUACAUGAAAAGCGAACUUCCAAAAGUCAAAGCAGAUAAUCCUGGUCUAGACCAUAAAGAGGCUUUCAAAAUGGCUGCUGCACGAUGGAAGGAUUCACCCGAAAAUCCUAAAAAUCAAGUAGCUGCUAAAUAA